AUGAAAUAGUCAAAAUAAACAUAAAAUUAAGCUCAUGAUGAUUAAUUUUCAGGUUCCAAUACUCCUAAUGUUCAUGGGUUGUUUUUACCAUAAACGAUGACUAUGGGUGUAAUAUAUUAAUAAAAUGAAAGUAAAUGUCAGAAGACAGAAAAGGAGAAGAUCAAAGACUAAAAUUAAUCAGGGCUUCUACUGACCCUUAUGAGGCAUUUAAGGAUGAUGACUUUUUGUAUCCAACCAAAGAAGAUGAAAUGUCUCUUUGGCAAAAAUAUUCUGGAGAUUAUAUUUAAGGAAUGCCUGUAUUACCAACAGGAAAAUGUAGUUUAUUUUGCAACAUUGUUUGUUGUUUUUACUUUCUUAUUUUUGGAUUAGUUUUUGUUGGAAUUGCUGGUAGUAUCACCGAAGUAAUGAAUAUAUAUAUAUAUCCGCAGAUUAAAUUAAAUUAUGGAAAGGAAUGUGAAGGUAAAUAACAAUGCAUAGUUAAUUUUGAAAUUGAAAAAAAUACAUAUGGACCAUUCUUUUUAUACUACGAAUUAAAUGAGUUUUAUACUAGUCACUCUGAGUAAGAUUGGAAUUAAUUAGAUUAGUUUUGCAUAAUCAAUCAGUCCUCGACAGAUGAAAGGUUAUGAACUGACAGAUGAAGAGUAUGAUGUUUAUUGUCCUGAUACAUAAUCCUUCGAAUCACUUUAAAGACCUGUAGGAUUCAACAAAAGUUAUGCUGGAUUUAUGGUAGACUUGAAUAAGAAAGUCAGUCCUUGUGGUGUAGCUGCUAAAUACAUUUUUAAUGGUAUUUAAAUUACAUAGAAGCUAGAUUCCUUCCUACUUUUUGAUGUUAACACUGAAACUGCUACCUCUUUAGCUCUCAAUUCAACAGGAAUUGCUUUCUCUGUCGAUUUAGAUUAUAAAUACUCAAGAACAUAGAAUUCUUAAUUUAGAUAAUGGUUGGACCUUGAUGAUGGUAAGAAUUCUUUAUUUUCAACAUAGAAAAAAUCAUAAAUUGGUUUAACAUUCAAUCUUUACCCUUGGUCCGAAAGCUAUAUGCUAGAUAUGAUAAUGAUUUAUCAAAAGGAACAUAUAGUAUUGUAAUUUAAAAUAGUAAAUAAUGAAAAUUCAGUUUUAGAUUAUCCCACCCAAAUUUUUGGAGGAGACAAGUAUCUAAUAGUUACAACUCUAUCUUCUUUUGGGAGCAAGAACUUUUCUUUUGGCUACCUGCUUAUAGCAACUGCAGGCGUUUAGCUUAUAAGUGCUAUAGUAGUUUACAUAAAACAUAGAAUAGUAGAAAAGAGAGAAAAACAUGAAUAAAAAAUACAUGCUGAUUUAAAACUUAAGGAAAAAUCAGAUUGA